ACUAUUUGUAAAUAUACAAAGUCGACAUCAUAGAUUUUUCUUCAUAUAAUUUUAAUAGUAAUAUAUAUUAUUUUAAUAUAAUGAAUAAAUUAAGUUUCCACAGCGAUCCCCAUGAUCCAGAAUGGAAAGUAACAAAAUUGAAAACUGAACCGGGAACCGUUAAAGAUCAUCACAAUACUUCAUCGAGUAAGGUGAAGUACUCGCAAAAGUUUUGUGAGAAAUGGUUGAGCAUAUUCUCGCCAUGGCUGUCACGUUGCGAAGAUGAUCCAAAUAAACCAUUUUGUCGAGCUUGCCAGUGUCGGCUGGACUGUAAUAGAUGUCAUUUGCAGAGACAUGAAAGGACCAGUAAACAUGCACGUAAUCUCGAAAUUUUAGUAAAUAAGGGGGAAGGGGCGGCGCGUCAAAACCUUAGUAUACGUCAAGAGCGCAGUAAGUACUACCAACAGCGCAAAAAGAUUAGUUCAUCGGUCGGCUCGCAGGAAGAUUCUGAAAUGGGAAUGGAGGAUUACAUUGAUGAAGCGGACCAGGGGACUGAAUACGGAUUUGAGCAAACGGACACAAACUCAGAAGAUCAGUAUACUCACGAAGAAAGCAUUUGCAAACAGGAAGCAAUAACUGUAGAUGAAAUGAAUCAUCAUAUGAUCGUGGCACGUUCAGCAACGAAAAAUAAUGUUGGCCGCCCACGUAAAGUCGCCAAAACAAUAGAAAAUAGUAGUGUCCAUGGCGUAGACGAAGUUGUAGAUAGAAAAGAUCCUAUGAAACGUUUGAUGCAAAUUCAAAGGGACAAGAGUGAAUUAAUGGAUUCAUUCAAAGAACUAAUGGGUGGUUCUGCGCCACAUCUCUCGCCUCCCAGAGAAAAAAAUCACGUUGACUUGUUUUUUGAGAGCGUAAGUUCAAGUGUAAAGGCUCUUUCGCCAAAAUUAAUUGCUGAAACAAAGAUGAGAGUUUCUCAGUUGAUAUGUGAAUUGGAGCUGCGAGCUCUAACGGAGAAUGAGCAGGCUAAUAAUGCCCAAAACCCUAGUUCCACCGUUGUUGUUUCACAAGAGAGCAGUAGUGGAAGUUAUAUUAUAAAUCAACCAGUCACACAUGUCGCUUCAAAUCACCAGUCCGAUACCCACCAACAAGUUAAUGAGGCCCAUCAUUAUGAAGCCUUAAGUUAAAAGAUUUCUCAUUGUUAUUUUAACUCGUAUUGGUUAAUUCGAUAUAUGUCUUAAUUAUUAAAUAUUAAAUUCUUUAAAAAUUUACAUCAUAAAAACACCAUUAUGAUAUAUAUAUUAUCAAAAUAUACAUUUUUAACUUUAAUUUAAAAAA